GAUAGUUACACGAUAAUUCUCUAUUUUUUAGUUUUUCUCUCUCUCUGAGAGAGUUACCUUACAUGUCUCAUUCGUAUGCAUAUGGCCAUGGCCGUAUAGCUAAUUAAAAUGUCAAAUCGUAAUUUUGUAGCCCAAUUUCUAUAGUCGAUUCUUAAUAAAUAAAUGGGUUGUGUAUCCUCUAAAGUAAGAACAUAUCUAGGACAUGAAGAUCCAUUCAUUCUUGCAUCAGAAACGACUUUUAGUGUAUGUGAAGUUGAAGCAUUAUUUGAACUUUUUAAGAGCAUAAGUAGGUCUGUCAUUGAUGAUGGACUAAUAAGCAAGGAAGAAUUUCAAUUGGCAAUUUUCAAUAAUAGAACAAAGGAAAAUCUAUUUGCGAAUCGGAUCUUUGAUCUAUUUGAUGUCAAAGGGAAAGGAGUAAUUGACUUUGGUGAUUUUGUUAGAGCACUCAAUGUGUUUCACCCAAAUACAUCCCAAGAAGUCAAGAUAGAUUUUUCAUUCAGGCUUUAUGAUUUGGAUAAUUCAGGCUUUAUAGAGCGUCAUGAAGUGAAAGAAAUGAUAAAUGCAAUUUUAUGUGAAUCUGAAAUUAAGUUGAGUGAUGAUAUGAUAGAAACAAUUAUUGAGAAGACUUUCUUGGAUGCUGACCCAAAUCAAGAUGGAAAAAUAGACAAAUCCGAGUGGAAAAUCUUUGUUUCUAAAAACAUGUCAUUGCUAAAAAUCAUGACACUACCCUAUCUAAAGGACAUAACAACAUCUUUUCCUAGUUUUGUAUUUAACACAAAAUUGGAUGAUGACAUUGUUGUUACAUGAAAAAGUAUAGAUUUUUAACUACAUAUUAAUAAAAAUCUGGAUUUUUAUUUUAUAAGCAUGAGUGAGGAACAUAGCAAUAGAACAUGUAAUCAAAUAUUUUUCUUAAUUAUAUGGAUAAAGUCAUAAAUCUUAUGGAUCUCAUUUAAAUGCUAUGUCAACUUUCUUCAUG